UCAAGAUGGCAUCAAGAUGGCUAAAGGUGACCCGAAGAAGCCUAAGGGCAAGAUGUCUGCUUAUGCCUUCUUCGUGCAGACGUGCCGUGAAGAACAUAAGAAGAAAAACCCAGAAGUUCCAGUCAACUUUGCAGAGUUUUCCAAGAAGUGCUCAGAAAGGUGGAAGACCAUGUCAGGCAAAGAGAAGUCCAAAUUUGAUGAAAUGGCAAAAGCCGACAAGGUACGAUAUGAUAGGGAAAUGAAGGAUUAUGGACCAGCUAAGGGUGGCAAGAAGAAGAAGGACCCUAAUGCCCCAAAACGACCACCGUCUGGCUUCUUCCUGUUCUGUUCAGAAUUCCGUCCCAAGAUCAAAUCCACAAAUCCUGGCAUAUCUAUUGGGGAUGUAGCAAAGAAACUUGGUGAAAUGUGGAACAACUUAAGUGAUGGUGAAAAGCAGCCUUACAAUAAUAAGGCAGCUAAACUGAAGGAGAAAUAUGAAAAGGAUGUUGCAGACUACAAGUCUAAAGGAAAGUUUGAUGGUGCAAAGGGUGCAGCAGCCAAAGCUGCCCGGAAAAAGGUAGAGGAAGAAGAUGAAGAGGAUGAGGAGGAUGAAGAGGAGGAUGAAGAAGAUGAGGAUGAUGAAUAAAACUGUACAAUAUUUGUCUGAUGUGAAUACCAUAGAGUAG